GCCUCCCACUCACCCCAUACACCAGGAGAGCUUGGUUUCUGCUUGAGUCGUUGUCUCCACAGGAGGGGCCCCAAGUUUCCCCCCUCUGCCGCCCCUGCUCGCUCGGGUUCUGUCCCUGUCUCUGCUGUGCCUGUGGUCCUGCGGUCCCUCUGAAGCUCUGGACGUGGCUGGGGCACAGUGUACAGGACUGCCCUCUGGAAAUUACCCUACCGUUUGUGCUUCAGAAGAACCUAGAAGGGCAUCAGCGGGCAGGGCUGGGAGGCUUCACAUGAAGGCUGGGCCUUAGGGCUGCAGGAGCCUAGCCUCCUGGGGAAAGAGCCAACAAAGUCACAGGCCCUGGACUGAACAUGAGCUGAGCCAGAAGAGGGUUUGCAAAAGUAUGUCAGAAGGACCACUGUGAACAGACAGAAGUGGCCAGGUGGAAAUGUUGGCCAGAAGGGUGGCCCAAAGGUGAGAGCUGAAACAGGGCAAGGUCCCUUCCUCCAGUGCCCUCUCUCCCAGUGUCCCGUGGCUUUUUGGGUUAGGUUGCCCCAUCCUUGGCUUUGGCCCGAUGACCAUGCGCAGGUCUGGCCAUGAUCCCCAACUGGAGGCAUGAGGAGGUACCAAAAGGGAGCUGCAAUGUCUGAGCCUCCCCCUCCCCCGCACACCCUUGCCCCCACACCCCAUGUGCGGGCCUGAACAACCACUCUGCUGCCUGACGGAUCCUGCGAUGUUUCCCAGGCAACUGUCUCAUACAGCCUGUCUGCCUGGCACUCCCACACCCCAUAAAUGCCGCCGCGCCUGGCUCCAGGCAGCCUUGCCUGCUUGGCAUCUACAGGCCAGCAGGUGUGGAGAAUGUAGCCCGCUGCCUGGCUGUGUCAUAAGGCCACUUAGGCAGAGGAGGCAGCCCAGGCCUCUUGGACAUCCUCACACAGCCAGUGAAUAUUGCUGGGAUACCCCACGUAGAUGUCCUGAUGUUCUGCCACACAGUAAGAUUGAGGAUAAUGCUGUCAUGAUCCAUUUGUCGGGUAAACUGAUGGUAAACCCAGUUUCCAAGAAGUGUCCCCAAAGAUUAGGAUCCCUGCGCCUUAGUUUUCAAGUGUCACAAAGGGGAGAUGGCACUUGGCAGAGUGGGGUAGUGAGGGUACUGGAGGCCACACGGGAGCUGGUCCGGGUCGGAGGGCGGGUCGGGUGGUAUGUCUCACUUCCGCCGGACGCUUUGGGGAGAAGGAUGGAGGAGGAGCGGAGGCUGCGGGGGAGGCUGAGCCGCCGCAGGCCGCCUGCAGGGGGCGGGGCCCCCAGCUGCCGCCCCUGGUUCCUCAUGGAGGACAGUAAGAAUGAGCCGUGGGCUGCUCUCCUGCGCAGCACUGUGAGCGGGGACGUGGAUCUGACCCCGAACGGUCAGCCGUUGCCGCCACUGCCUGCUUUUUCCAGCCAGGAGUCUCUGCCUGACCCAGAGCCCGCUGUGCCUCCUGGGGUCUUCACUGUGGGAUCCAAAACUUUUUCCUGGACGCCUUUUCCACCUGCCCUUGGUGGCUCUGGAAACUCCUACCAAUUGUUCCAUGGGCCUGGAGGCUCCCUGGGGUCACCUAUUCCAUCCUUGAAAAGAUGUCCUGCACCAGAUUCCCAUCAGACUCCCAGCCCCCAAGAGUGUGUGUCUGUGCAGAGUACACCUGUGUUGCUGAGCUGUCCAUUGUGCCAGAAGGCAUUUGAUCCGACGCUGGCCCAGCUGGAUGUGGAUAGCCACCUUGCUCAGUGCUUGGCUGAAAGCACAGAAGACAUGGUGUGGUGAGCUGCAGGAUGCCUCUCCUGUCCCCUCCUUCCAGCACACACACUGACAUGGGGAUGUGACUGCUGAGAUGUCUUCGUGUGGUGCCAACGUCAGUAGGUCCUCUGUGAUGGCUCCUUUCUUGUCAACUUAACUGGGUUUGGAAUCACCUGAGAGACAGACCUCAGGGUGUGUCUGUGAAGCUGUUUCGAGAGAUUAAUUGAGAAAGGAAGACCUACCUUGAAUGUGGGUGGUACCAUCCUGUGGCCUGGGGUCUCACUGAAUGAAAAGGAGAAAUUGAGCUGCUUCCUGACUGGGGAUGUGAUGUGUUUCUCACCUGUCACCACAGCUACAGCUGCUUUUGCUACUGUAACGUCAGCCGUGAGCCAGAAUCCAUCUUAAGUUGCUUUGAUCAAGUAUUUUGUCAUAGCAGGGAGAACCCCACCCAAGCAAGUGAGCCAGGGUCUGUCACAAGACAGAACGGGGAUCUCUACCCAAGUCAGCGUUUGUACACAGGCUGGCACCUUCUCCUGACUGCACGAGCAAUAUACUGGAUUACACUUCACAGACAUUAAAAAAAAAAAAAAGGCAAUUAUAUGUAUUUGUAUGUGUCUGUGUUGGGGGCUUUGUGCAUGUGAAUGCAAUUGCCCAUAAAGGCCAGAGGAGGGUAUCAGAUUCCCUGGAGCUGUAGUUAUAGGCAGCUUUGAACUUCUGGGAACCAAACUUGGGUCCUUUGCAAGACGAUGAUGUGGAGAUGGAGCCCUUGGGAGGUGACAGGUCAUGAAGGUGAAGCUUCCUCAAGGGGAUUAAUGUUAUGUACUGAAGGGGCCUUGAGAGACAGGAACCUCAGGACAUAGCAAAAUGCCUGUCCCUAGUGUCCACAUGGACGUCACCAGAACUGUUGGCUCCUUGGUUUCCAGGACUAAGAUAGAAGUAUGUUAUCUACCUAGGCUGGGGAGUGUCUUGGUGGUAUAGCAUUUGCUCAGCCUGAACCAACCCCUGGAUCUAGCCAGAUACUGGGGCAAGGAAUGUGUCCUGGCAACUAGAGCUGACUUGCACAGCGUGUAGAGUCUCUGCAACCUUACCGCUAAGGGGUGGGGCUCAAAGCCAUUUCACUGCACAUUUCAGUUUGGGUGGUUCCCAAAGAAGGGAAUUUAAGGGAGAGGUAGGGGGCAUAUCUUCUCAUCCACAUGUUCUGGCUGGCACAUAAGUUCUGGAUAGUAAGCUCCAAUACCUGCUUAGACCUGCUGUACCUCCUCUCCUAUUUUGUGUUUUGAACUAUGUAGCUGAGGACAACUUGAUUUCCCCACCACUACCUUCCAAGUGCUGGGAUUACAAUAUCCACUGUUAAGCUCAUUUGCACCUGACAUUCUUGUGGACAGAAACAAGUGUUGGCCUAUGGUUGGGGACAGGCAUGGUUUGAAAGCCUGAGAUAACCAGAAAAUCUUUAUUUUCCUUUGGAAAAUGGUUUCAGUGAGUUGGGUAUGGUGCGCACAUCCGGAAUCUCAACACUUGGCAGGUGAAGGAUUAGCAGUUCAUGCCUAGCCUCUCCUACAUAAUGAAUUAGAGGCCAACCUGGGCUACAAGAGACCCUGUCUCAAAAGCAAACAGGAAGGGUUUCGUAUAAAUCAUAAAAACAUGUGAAGGGGGCCGCAGUACAGUGUCGUGGUUGGUGAGGACUCACCUGAUAGGUGUAAGGCCUGCAUGCAGUGUCCAGCAACCCUUCAAAAAAGUCAAACUACCCCAAACUAACUCUGUUGCCAGAUAAAAAGGCUCUGUUAGGGCUCGCCUAGAGGGGAGUCAAGAGAUAGGUACAGACAGAUGAGAGAGGAACCCUGGUCACAGGGGCUGAAGAGUCUCUCGGGCUGCCUGCAUGUUAGAGCUGGGCUGCUGAUAGCUGACUCAGUCUAAGGCAAAAGCCCCAGAACCAGGGACACCAAAGGUGAUGGUCUCAGUCAGAGGGCCAGGAGUGUGUCCCCGGGAACAGGGGGAAAGAUAAAACCUGGAGCUCUGAUGUGAGUGGCUAGAUGACAUCUCCUGAGGAGAUCUCUUCUCACCUGGUGGACUCAACACCAGUCUUUGAAAACAUCUUCACAGACGCCCCAAAAUUCUGUUCUUCCAGGUGUCCAGAAAUCCCUAAUCUAGUCAGACUGGUACUGUUCUAACUGCAGUUCCAAAGCUAUCACCUGAGUGAGCAGAGAGCUUGGGAGAGCCAGGGGUGUGUGGCAGUGGAGUCUGACAUAAUAGUGGUACAUCCGUCCAAACCCAUCGAACAUAUCAGGAGGAAAGAGGGCAUGUUACGGGAAUCUUCAGUCAUGCGGACAGACUCAUUUCAUGGGGAUGGUGACAGUGGCACUGAGUACAUGGGACACUACUGCUUUGUGUUGUGAGCCUAAAUAUAUUCUAGGAAGGGACUCUUAGGAAAACGGAAUAAAACCCUUUGCUUUCUCCAAAUAUCUACUUCAAACACAGUAACAAUAAGGGCAUU